CGAACUGUUAAAAUGUAUUUUCAAUGAUUGUGACAAUUUUAAAUCAAAUGUCAAUGACAUCGUUGUUAGCGAAAACGCUUAUAAUGUCGUAGUAGUUAAUAUUGUAACAUUUUUGAUAAAACGUGUUUUAUGAGAACCUAAUGCAGAAAGUUGAAACCUCGUGGAGGAAAGAUGGAGAUUGGAAAGGUCGUUACUCGAGCCUUUACUCUGCAAGGCGUGUUUCACUUCCGAAAGAAGAACCUCAUCGCAUCUCCUUUUUAACCGAUUCAUCUCCGUACAACAUCCUAAACAGAAUUACAUCAGACUGUGAAAGUUCACCGUCAGCAUCCAUUACAUUUUCUUCGCGCAUGAUAUCGUUGCUGUCCCAACAAAGCGACUUGUACAACAGCAUCCGAGGAAGCGUACAGAAUCAGUCACGGGACUUAGGCGGGCAAGAGACAUUACUUUUGAACAUGGUUCGUGCUAGGAAAGUACAAGACGUCGAAGCACAAGACAAGACUCUUGACCUUAAAGAUGACCUAACAGAUGAUCAACGAAAUGAGGGCUGCAUCCAUGGUAUUAGUAUGCGCACAACAGAUCGCAGUAUCUCCCGGUCUCGUUUCUCUCGUGUCUCAACACGUCGUGAUAUGGACAUACCGUCCAUCUUAGCUUUCACAGCCAACACUACCCAGCCAGUUAAAAAUUACUGUCUGCCCAGUUUACCAUCUAUCCCGGGAGAUGAAGGUGUGGGUGAGGUGCUUGAGAUUGGUAGCCAUGUAUGUGCAUGUGAACCUGGUGAUCGUGUAGUGCUUACAUCAAGAUUACUUGGUACAUGGAGGUAUUAUGGUGUUUUUCAUGAAAGAGAUGUUCAUAUCAUAUCUCCAAACAUACCUCUUCCUGAAGCCUCAAUGCUAACAAUAGCCCCAUGUAUGGCAUACAGAAUGAUCAAGGACUUCAGAAAUGUACAACCAGGUCAAACUGUUAUUCAAAAUGCUGCUAACAGUCCAUGCGGUCAAUGCAUUGUGCAAUUGUGCAAAGCUUGGGGAAUUAAUACAUUUAACAUAGUUGCUAAUCAUUAUAAAUACAAAGUUGUCAAAGAUUAUUUGCUGAGUAUAGGAGCCACUGCAGUUUACACUUUAGAAGAAGCUGAAGAAUUGACUAAUUUCAACACAUCACUGUCUAGGCCCGUUUUGGCCCUGAAUUGCAUAGGGGCCAGAUAUGAAAAUGUCAUCCUCAAAUUACUUGAGAGAAAUGGAACAGUUGUUUAUUAUGGUGAUGCAUUUAAUUUGCCCAUUGUAAAACAAUUUUUGAGAUGUGAUGUUGCCUUCCAUAAAUUUCAUUUGUGCGAAUGGGAUGCCAAAGCUACUUGUGUUGAAAAAGAUAUAAUGCUGAACGACAUUAUAAGACUGAUGGUAACUGGAAAAUUUAGGGCACCAGUUUACGUGCCAGUCGAACUAAAGAAUUAUGUUCAUGCAUUUAGAAAUACAGGCCAUUGCGAAGCAUUUUCAACCGUCAACUAUGUGUUUGACUUUACGCUCCCGUAAUUCCCAAAUCAGCUCAGCAGUGUCGGAAAACAUUGAUCAUAGAUUAAACAAAUGUAGUACUGGCUAAACACCAUUAAGUAUGUGGAUAUUCGCAAUUUUAUUAGUUACGUCGCCGCAUCGCAUUGGUUCUUCAGAUCCCUCACUGUUUAGAUAUUUUUCCUUAUUUUUGUCUAUUGUUAAAAAAAAAAACAAA